AGUUCAACUAGAGUAAUGAAAAAGUCGCGUCAUAUUUUCUUCGCAGCGGAAUGAGAUGACAGGCCGAGCCCGUGAACUCCCCCACGCAGCCGGCCGCCGCAGGAGCGUGUUCCUUCAACACAGCAAGGUGUGGUUUCUCUCCUAAAGCAGCUUCCGUCUAUUCACAGCGAACCAUUCUCUGCGCAACGCCCAGGGAGACUGCGCAGGAGAGAGGUGCGCGGCCCGGACAGCGGAGCGGAACGAACUUAAAAGACCUGAAAGAAGAAGAAGAAGAAGAAGAACUAAACCACUACUCGGCAGAGAUGAGUAUGUACGGCUCCAGUUCACGGCUGGCCGCCAUGGGCCAGAGGAGCAACUCGCGACCGGAUUUGGCAAACGCGAGUUUCAGGAACAACGACGUGUUCGUGGCUGGAAACGGCAUCCACGGAGAACACCAAGGUGGCGACGCCAUGCACUCGUACAACACCUACUCCAGGAGCUCCAUGUACGGCGGCGGCGGGGGGCAGCAGCAGAAAGUAGCCGUCAGCAUGGGGGGCGCCGGUGGAGGCGGCGGAUUAAGUGCACAGGCAAUCCACCAGAAAGGGUUGUUCCUGACAGGCCAGUGCCAGGAAUACCUGCAGAGAGCCAAGAUAAUUCUCCAGAGUGGGGGUCCAGCUGGGGAGUCAGAGAAGCUGUUGAACAUGGCUGCAGAAAGCAUGGAGCAGAUGACGGUCUGUGGCAGAGACCUGCAGCAAAUGCGCAUACCCAGUGACCUCUUACGAAGCGUCGACCAGUUCCAGCACAUGCACUCCGCGAUCCAGCAGCAGUUAGUCGGUAGCAUGACAACGAGACGGAACCGAGGCAGCGUGGGUUCCCUCGAAGGGGGGAGGAUCUAUAAUGACGCCAUGGCCUGGAUUGCUCAACAGAAGCGCAUGAUUGAGACGGCUCCUUGGGGCGAUGACUCCGAAAUGCUCGAAAAGCAAAUCCAAAGCCACAACAAAAACCACAGCUCUGUCCAGAGGAGCCAGGAAGUAGACCGUGCCAGAGAUGAACUGAACAUGAGGGGCGACAAGUACAACCUGUCCAUCCUGGAACAAGAAUGGGAAAGCCUGCAGAAAAUGUCCCACAGCCGCGUGCAACAGCUGCGUGAGCUCCAGAGCAUCAUCAAUGAGAUCUCCCGGGCCAUCAUGUGGGUCAACGAGAAAGAGGAGGAGGAGCUCAUGUUUGACUGGGGAGACAAGAACAUCGACCACUACAUCCCCAGGAAGCAGGAGAGCUACUCGGGCAUGAUGAGGGACCUGGAGGAGAAAGAGAAGGACCUGAACAAGCUGAAGGUGAAAUCAGACGGACUCCUGAAGAACAACCACCCUGCCGCUGAUAAGAUUGAAGCCUACAUGGACACCUUACAGACCCAGUGGAGCUGGCUCCUCCAGAUCACCAAGUGCAUCGACAUCCACCUGAAGGACAACGCGGCCUACAGCCAAUUCUUCAAGGAGGCCAACGAGACCUACGCCAAGCUGCAGAAAGAUCACGAGUCCAUCCGAAACAAGUUCACGUGUGACAAGAACACCCCGCUGGAUAACCUCAAUGAGCUCCUGAGAAACCUGGAGAGAGAGAAGGAGCGCGUGAUGGAGAAUAGGAGGCAGGUCCAAAGUCUGGUCAACAAGUCGAAGACCAUCGUCAGGCUGAAUCCUCGCAACCCCGAGGAGAAGAGCAACAGCCCCGUCAUCGUGGAGGCCAUAUGUGACUUUAAACAAGACCAGAUUGGGAUUUUAAAAGGGAACGAUGGCAUCCUGAAGGAUAACUCGCAGCGCAGCAAGUGGCUGGUGACGGGACCCGGAGGUCUGGACAUGUUGAUUCCCUCCGUGUGUCUGAAGAUCCCCCCACCGAACCCGCUCAGCAUCGGCCUCGCCAAAAAGAACGAGCAGUAUUAUGAAGCCAUCAUGAGCAUCUGGAAUCAGCUCUACAUCAACAUCAAGAGCCUCAUCUCGUGGCAAUGCUGCCUCAAAGACAUGAACUACAUCAGCUCCCUCACCGUCAGCAUGUUGUCUAAGAUGCGUCCCGAGGAGUACCGCAGCAUCAUCAAAAGACUGGAGACGCACUACCAAGAGUUCCUGCGUACCAGCCAAGGUUCUGACAUGUUCGGGGAAGAGGAUAAGAAAACGAUCCAGGGCAACUUUGAUAGCGCCCAGAACCACUACGAUACCCUGAUUAUCCAGAUACCUGCUUACAAGGAUGGUGAGGUGGCGAAGCCUGAACCCCCAAAACCGACCAAGCCUGCGUCAAACAUCACCAAGACCACUGUCAUCAAGGUCCAAGCGCCUCCCCCAGCCCCCAGCUCCACCCUCAGCCUCACCCUGCUCAAUAGUCUGCAAGAGCUUCGGCGCCGGCUGGAGCUGGCGGAGUCCGGUCUCACCAGCCAUCUCCACAUUCCCCUGGGCGACAACAGUGUGCACGAGUGCUCCGUGCACAUCCAGAAUCUGCAGGUUGUGCACCAAGACCUGGACUACAUUCACGACGAGUACCUGCGACUGAGAGAAAAGAUCAUGAAGCAGCUGGAGGGGAUACCUGCCGACUCCGAGCAAGCCAAGUUCCUCCGCUCUGAGCUGGAAAUCAUCAGCCAGAAACUGGGAGGCCUGCAGGGUCUCUACCCGGCCUACCAUGAAAGGCUGUCAGCUCUUCAGGCUUUGCUCCAGAGCCUUCUCCAGGCGGAAGAUAUCAUUAAAGUCCACGAGGCCCGGCUGACAGAGAAGGAGACCUCCUCUCUGGACCUUCGGGAGUUGGAAAAUUAUCGGAGCACGCUAAAGCAAAUGAAGGGUGAUCUGGAGCAAAAAAGGGACCUGCUGACGGCGAUGGAGUCUGACUUGGCUAAAGCGGUGCACUGGAAUGGUCAAAUCUCCGAGUCCUUCCACAAGUGUGACGUGGACCUGUCCAAGUACUCGGACCUGGUGGAUCAGAUGUCUGUCCGCUGGCGCCGCAUCCAAACCCAGAUUGAGAGCAGAGUGUGGGACUUGGAGAAGCAGGAGAAACAGCUGGGUCAUUAUCAGCAGAGCAGCACUCUCCUGCAACAGUGGAUAGACAAUGCCAGGAAGCGCCAGGACACGCUCCAGGCGGUCAAACUCAACGACGUCCAGACUCUAAUGGACCACCUCAACAAGCAGAAGGCGCUUCACACUGAAAUUAAAGGCAAGCAGGAAAAAGUCGAGGAUGUGCAUAAAAAUUCCGACACCUGCGCUACCUCCAUAAAGGACUACGAGCUGCAGCUGGCUUCCUACAGUUCAGGCCUGGAAACUCUGCUUAAUAUUCCGAUCAAGAGAACGAUGCUGCAGUCGCCCGCUUCUUUGGUCAGAGAAGAGGCGGCUGACCUCCAGUCUCAAUACAUAGAGCUACUCACCCGCUCUGGUGACUACUACAGGUUCCUAGGGGAGCUGCUGAAGAACAUGGAGGAGCUGAAGAUCAGGAACACCAAGAUCGAGAUGUUGGAGGAGGAACUGAGGCGUCUGAAGGACGACGUCCAGGAUCGCAACCAGAAAAACAAGUCUCUGGAGGAUGCUUUGGCCCGCUACAAGCUGGAUCUCACUCAAUCACAAAACCAGCUCAUUACUAUGGAGGAAGUGAAGAGAACCACGGCAAUACAAGUUAGCGCUACCAAGGACAACCUGGACACAACACACGGCCAGCUUCAAGAUCUCAAUGAACAGCUGACCCGAAUUAAGUACCAGCUGGAUGAAGAAAAGAGGAAGAGAAGGCUGGCAGAGGAGCGCUACACCAGCCAGCAAGAAGAGUACGAGGCGGCUGUUCGCCGCAGACAGAAAGAACUGGAAGAACUCAACUGGACCAAGAUCGACUUGGAAAAGUCUGUGAAGGACAAGGAACGUGAACUGGAAAGGAUGAAGAUACUGCUAGACGAGGAAGAGGCACGUCGACGGAAAGCUGAAUCAGAUAUCUCAAAGGUAAGAACACAGUGCUCCCAGGAGGUUAAUCAACUUAAGCAGACAUACGAGACGGAGAUCCACGUCACCAAGACCACGAUCCUGAAAGCCUCGCAACAGAAAGAAGAAAACACGGCAGAGCUGAGACUGCAAGUUGACAGACUCACCUCUGAGAAGAGAGAUCUCGAGGAGGAGCUGAGGAGACUGGGGCAGUCCAUCGCUCACACAGAGGAGCAGAAAAGCCGAGCAGAGCAGGAGGCCAGCCAGCAGAGGGCCUCGAUGAUAAAAGAAACAAGGGUGCGCAGUGAGUUGGAGGUUCAGCUGAGAACACUCACGCAGCAGGGAGGAGACGCUGAGCUCAAACUAAAGGAGGCCAUCAAACACACUCAGGACAAGUCCAGGGAGAUCAGCAUGCUGACGUUUAACCUGGAGGAGGAGGGGAAGAAGAGGAGAUCUCUGGAGCUGGAGAUCAAUCGCCUGAAACAGGCUGAGGGAGACCUGAAGACAAAGAACGCCUCGUAUCUGGAGUCCAUUAACAAGCUUAAAGUGUCUGAGCAUGAGAUCCGCAUCACCCGAGUGGAGCUGGAGAAGCAGACCAGUGAGAAAUCCAAGGUUGAGCAGAGUUCUGUCAGGCUGCAGAGCCGCAUCCGGGAACUUCAAGGCUCCCUGGACGGAGCGGAGGCCGAGCUGGAGCGGCAAAAGAAGGCAACUCAGGAGGAGUUCACGCGACGGAAGAGAAUGGAGGCAGAGUUAGAGAGGAUGACACAAACUUGCAGAGAGCACACCACCACAAUUAGCACACUGAAAUCUAUCCAGCUGGAGACGACCAACUAUGGAAAGAAGUAUGAGCAGGACAUCAGCGGCCUCCAGAAGGCUCUGGACAAGAGUCUGACGGAGCAUAAAGUCACCAAGCAGGAGCUGGCAGCUGUCUCCGCUCAGCUGAAGGCACUCAAACAAAAGCUCCAGCAGGAAGAGGCUCGGAUUCGUGAGCUCAACCAGCGCAACGAGAGCCUGUACAAGACCAUUGAGGAGAAGAGCCGGCAGCUGAACGAAUUCACCGCGGAGAUCGAAAAGCUCAAGACUCUGACGCAGAACCUGACGAAGGAGAGACUGAUACUGGAGGAGGAGCUGAGGGCGGUUAGGCAGGAGAGGGAUGAGCUGAAGCUUAGCAGAGACAAUAUUGAUGGAGAGAGUGCCACCCAGAUCUCAGCCUUGCAUGUCAAGCUUCAGAGUAGCACCAAGAGGACCACGGAGCUCCAGUCUCUCCUCAAUGACCUGACCAGGGAGAGAGAAAAGCUUAAGAUGGAAUUAGACAAAUUCCAAAAGCAAUCGAUUGAGACAUCCAUGAGGAUGCAUGAUUCCCAAAGCCAAUACAGUGACGUGCUGCUGGAGAGGGACAGUUUGUUGUGCAAGCUGAAGCUGCUGGAGCAGGACAAGUCUCGUCAGCUGCGCAUAGAGGAGGAGCUCACUCGCAUCAAGCUCACUCUCGAGACCGAGCUCCGCAACAAACAGCGGCUGCAGGAUGAAAAGAAUGCCGCCCUCAAGGAGUUCAACUACAUGAAGAGCCAGUACGAGCUGAGGGACAGCCACAUCAAGAAGUUUGAAUCGGACCGAGACGUGGCCGACCGAGACAGGCUCUCCCUGAAGAGCGAGAUCGAGAGGCUCAUGAGGGAGCUUAAGACUGUUGAGGAGCGGUACAAGAGCCGUUUGAUGAUCUCUGAAAAGGAGGCUUCCGACCUGGCUUUCAAGAGAGAAGCCCUGGAGAGAGAGAUAAAGAGGCUGCAGCAGAGACCCAACACUCUGACCCAGCAGACACAGACGGAUGUAAAGGUCCCAACAAUCGACCCAUCCAAGCUGGUUUUUGACGGGGUGCGUCGCAAAGUCACAGCCCACCAGCUUUGCGACUGUGGCAUAAUCAGUAAAUCCACACUAGACCAGCUCCUAAAGGGGAAAAAGAGCGUGGAUGAGGUAGCUGUGGACAUCCAGCUUAGUCUAAAGGGCACCGGCAUCAUUGCUGGCAUGACAACAGGCUCCCAAGGGAAAAUACCAUUCACUGAAGCAAAAAACAAGAAUUUCCUCAGUCAAGAGAGCGCCCUCAUGCUCCUGGAAGCUCAAGCAGCAACAGGCUACAUAAUCGACCCCGCAUUUAAUGAGAGGAUGCCUGUGGAUACUGCCUGCUCAAGAGGGAUCGUAGACACCGAAGACAGAGACACCCUGGUGACAGCGGAGGCAGCGAGCACAGGCUUCAAAGAUCCAUACACUGGCAAAGUGCUAUCUGUGGGUCAGGCAUGCAAACAUGGCCGCGUGAACAAAGACACUGCCAUCCGCUUGCUCCAGGCUCAGGAGUCUGUGGGAGGCAUAUUGGACCCUGUACUGAGCGUGUUCCUUCCAAGAGAUCUGGCCUUGGAUCGCAAUCUUAUUGAUGAGGAUCUCUACAGGGCUUUGGGCAAAAAACCCACCUGCUACCUGGAGCCAGGGACCGGAGAGAAGAUAUCCUAUAAUGACCUGAGGAAGAAGUGCACCGUGGAACCUGUUUCUGGCCUGCUUCUGCUCCAUGGUCCGGAAAAGCCCAUGACAGUGAAGGGUCUCCGUGGUGAAGUUACUGUCGAGGAGCUCAUCAAAUCUGAACUGCUGGAUGAAACUGAUUUGGCGAAGAUCAACGAGGGCAAGCUCACCAGCAGAGACAUUGAAGACAGGCUAAAGUCCUAUCUCUAUGGCACUACCUGCAUUGCGGGGAUCUAUGAUGAAGCCAAGGAGCAAAUACUGCCCUUCUAUCAGGCAAUGAAGCAAGGUCUGCUCAUGAGGGGAACCACCCUGGAGCUUCUUGAGGCCCAAGCAGCGUCUGGCUUCAUUGUUGAUCCAGUCAACAAUGUGUUCUUGACAGUCGAGGAGGCCGCAAAGAGAGGCCUGAUAGGAAACGAGUUUAAGAAUAAGCUGUUGUCUGCAGAGAAGGCCGUAACUGGAUACAAAGACCCGUCAACAGGAAAGAAAAUCUCCCUCUUCCAGGCUAUUGCGAAAGAUCUAAUUGAGAAAGGUCACGGAAUCCGUCUUCUGGAGGCCCAAAUCGCCAGCGGUGGGAUUAUUGACCCCAAAGAGAGCCACCGUAUUGAUGUUGCUGUCGCCUAUAAAAGGGGAUAUUUUGAUGAGGAGAUGAAUGAGAUCCUGUCUUAUGAAGGAGAUGACACAAAAGGGUUCUUCGACCCUAAUACCAAAGAGAACCUGACAUAUCUCCAACUUAAGGACAGAUGCAUGAAAGAUCCCAAGACCGACCUAAUCCUCCUGCCGAUCAAAGACAAGAGUAAGCCCCAGAAGUCUCAGGAGAGCCGCAGCAAUGUCCUUCGCAAGAGGCGCGUCGUGAUCGUUGACCCAGACACUGGGCUGGAGAUGUCAGUGAGGGAGGCCUAUCACCGGGAGCUGAUUGACUACGACACGUUCCUGGAGUUAUCGGAGCAGGAGUGCGAGUGGGAGGAAAUAACUAUCACGGGCUCCGACGGCUCGACGCGUUUGGUAAUAGUGGACAGGAAAUCAGGAACCCAGUACGACAUCCAGGACUGCCUGAAGCGCGGCGUCAUUGACCCGACGUCUUUGGAUCAGUAUCGUGCCGGAAAACUAACAUUGACCCAGUUCGCUGACCAAAUUACCAGCAGAACCAGCAGCACGGAGAUGAGCAUCGCGGCCAGCAAUGUUGAUGACAUUUUCACCAGCAGCAGUCCCACCCAGAUCGCUCCUUCUUCUCCUACCAUUCGUAAACGCUUCAACAGCAUUUCCAUUACGGUUUCCCCCCCUGAGAUGUUUGACGACCACAGCCCUGUGGCGGCGAUAUUUGACACGGAGACCAUUGAGAAAAUCACUGUGUCUGAAGGGCUCCGAAGAGGCAUCGUUGACACCAUUACAGCACAGAGGCUACUGGAGGCCCAAACAUGCACGGGUGGCAUUAUCAACCCUGCCACCGGUGAGAGACUGUCGGUGCAGGAAGCCGUCCACCAGAGUAUCAUCGAUGACAGCAUGGGCGCGAAGCUGAAACCUGCCCAGAAAGCCUAUGUUGGUUUUGAGGAUGUGAAGACGAAGAGAAAGAUGUCCGUAGCAGAGGCAGUGAAGGAGACAUGGUUGCCCUAUGAAGCUGGUCAGAGAUUUCUGGAGUUCCAGUACCUGACUGGAGGCCUGACGGAGCCUGGCAGUGGACAUCGCAUCACCAUCGAAGAAGCUAUCCACAGAGGUUGGCUGGAUGGUCAAGGGGCCCAGAAGCUUCAGGACACACGGAACCACCAGAAGAACUUGACCUGUCCCAAGACCAAACUGAAGAUCUCCUACAAGCAGGCCAUGGACAGCUGCAUGGUGGAAGAAAGCAAUGGUAUGAAGCUGCUGCAGGCCUCCUCGAUGUCCUCCAAGGGAAUCAGCAGCCCUUACAAUGUCUCUAACCCGGGGUCUCGCUCCGGGUCCAGGGCCGGUUCCCUUGUCGGCUCCAGGAGUGGAUCUCGUAGAGGCAGUGUGGAUUAUUCCUCCACUGUCAGCUACAGCUUCUCCUCCAACAGUACCAGCUAUAGCUCUUAAAACAAAGCAUACAACUAGACUAGUUAUUACCAGCAGCUCCUACGCAAUAUGAAUACUUUUGUAACACUUUUCUAAAUGUUUUUUCUGCUACCUAUGACAUUUGUGGAUGUUUGUUUGGAUAAUUAAUCUGAAAUGUUUUGCUUAAGUGCAGUUUUUGGUGUAUCAAUAUUCAACUUAGAGUAUGAUUAAUACUUCUUAAGCAUAUAUGCUGAAUGAAUAUAUUUGUCAUAGCUCAUUUUAAUACAGGGCUUUUUAUUAGAAUUAAAAAUGUGUUUAUUAGAAAAUAUGCUUGCUCAGCUUUAACAUGCAGUCAAAUUCAAGUUUCCAAUUGUUUAAUCUUCUUUUUUUAAAUGUUUUGUUAAUUGCAAAUGCUUUAAGUUUAGCUUAAAAUACUGACUUGACAAUGUAACGAUCAACUAUGACAAUUCCUUGCCGCUAAAAUGUUAAUCUCACAUGAUUUAAAAUAAAAUUGUAACCAUCA